AUGGCCCAGCUAAUGGCCAUUGUCGGCUCAGGGUUUCUUGCUCAAUCCAUCGCCAGCCUCUUCAAUGGUUCUUCACAGGUUGUGUGGCUUGGCUCGAUCGUCAACAUCAUAUGCACCGCGCUUGCUCUUCCGUUCUCCCAAGCUGCCGAUCUUCUGGGCCGCAGGUGGUUCAUAGCCAUUCCAACAGCAUUCGGCUGUGCAGGAGGCAUCAUUGUCUCACGAGCCGAAAGUAUGGCAACCAUCAUCGGCGGCUUUUGCGUGCUCGGUGUCAGCUAUGGAGCCCAGCCACUCCUUCUAGCAGUGGCAUCUGAAGUUCUCCCGCGGAGACACCGACCCAUAGUGCAAGCGACGGCAAACGUUUGUGCGGGCGUCGGGGCUAUCAUAGGCCUAUGCAUGGGUGGUGCGCUGAUAAAAGAUGGAAAUCUCGAGAACUUCCGCAUCUACUUCUACGUCAACGCCGGGGCCUUUGCUCUGGCCAGUGCCAUCUGCCUGGCCUUAUACAAUCCCCCACCAAGAGAAAAUGGCCUCGGCUUGACUGUACAAGAAAAGGCCCGCCGUCUGGACUGGGUCGGCUACGUCGCCAUGCCCAUCGGGCUGGUGCUCUUCAGCAUUGGCCUCUACUGGGCAGAAAACCCCCAUCCAUGGGGUAGCGCACAGGUGCUGGCCCCCUUGGUUGUCGGUGCCGUAAUCUUGGCUUGCUGGGGGGUGUACGAGACCAGAUGGCAGAAAGAAGGAAUGCUACAUCGGGUUCUGUUCCAACGGCGCAACUUUGGACUUGCACUGGCAGCGAUCGGUGCCGAGGGAUUUGUUUUCUUCAUCUGCAAUAAUUAUCUCCCUUACGAAGUGAGCGUCUUCAAACCAGGGGACAUACUGGUCGUCGGCUCGCAUUUCACCCUGGUGUUCGCCGUUUCUAUUCCAGCAGCUCUCGUCAUCUCGGCUUUGGCGUCAUGGAAAAAGAUCGUGCGACUGCCAAUGGUUCUAGGUUUCUUCCUGUUCAUGCUUUUUUGCAUCUUGAUGGCGACCUCCAGUCGAUAUACGUCCGCGAGUGCAUUCUGGGGGUUCCCCGUCAUCUUGGGCAUGGGGUUCGGAGCAUGCUUGCCUUCUCUUUUCAGCGCUGCACAGCUCGGCACGCCUCCGGAACUCAUAGGUCUGGCGACCGGCCUGAUGGUGGCAAGCCGCGGCGUCGGAGGCGUGCUGGCACUGGCAAUCAACAACGCGAUUUUCAAUGCGAGAUUGUCAACUCUCGGGUCGAAAAUUGCGGACGCUACCCUUCCUCUGGGCUUGCCACCCGCAUCCCUACCAAGUCUAAUCACUGCAUUGAUGACGCACGAUGAUGCAUUGCUUGAGAAUGUCGAGGGGGUCACUCAACAAAUCAUUGUAGCCGGCGGCUCAGCAGUUCUGGGCGUGUAUGAGAGGGGAUUCCGAGAUGUGUGGAUCUGUGCAAGUUGCGUCGCUUUUGCGGCUUUGGCUGCCGUGUCGUUCACCAAUGAUCCCUCGGGAGAGUUCACGAGGCACAUUGAUGCUACUGUUGAGAUUCUUCCCGCAGAGCACAUAUCCGGCAAGGAGCAAAGUGUGGACACUGAGGUUUCUAACUUGGACAAGGGUCUCGAGCGUGCCCAACACCGUGAUCACGUUGAGUGA